GAGAGAGAGCGCGAGGGAGAGAGCGGUGAGGAAUCCCAGCAGCCCCCCCCAGGAGAGCGAGAGCAGGACCGGCUGGACCCCCGGAGGAGGACCCGAGAGGGAGCCGCGUUGCCACGGGAGAGGCCUCCGUCCAGGGCUGCAGGAUGUUCACUUCAGUGAAGGCCUUCGAGGGGCAGCAGUACUCCACCCUGAAGAGGCAGUGCUUGCAGAGCGGCCUGCUCUUCGAGGACCCCCGCUUCCCCGCCAUCGACGACUCGCUCUUUAUUCACGGCAACAGGAUCGGACGCGUGGUGUGGAAGAGACCUCGGGAGCUGUGUGAGGACCCUCACCUGUUUGUCGAUGGCAUCAGUGCACACGACCUCCAUCAGGGGCAACUGGGUAACUGCUGGUUCGUGGCCGCGUGCUCCAGUCUGGCGUCCAGAGAGUCACUAUGGCAAAAGGUCAUCCCUGACUGGAAGGAGCAGGAGUGGGACACGGAGAAGCCAGAAUCGUACGCCGGGAUUUUCCACUUCCGCUUCUGGCGCUUUGGCGAGUGGGUGGACGUGUCGAUCGACGACCGGCUACCGACGGUGGACAACCAGCUGGUCUACUGCCACUCCAACGACAGCAAUGAGUUCUGGAGCGCCCUGGUGGAGAAGGCCUAUGCCAAGGUGUAUGGAUGCUACGAGGCUUUGGACGGGGGAAACACAGCCGACGCUCUGGUGGACUUCACCGGGGGCGUCUCGGAGCCCGUGGACCUGCUGGAGGGUCAGAUGGCGACGGACGAAGUCGCCCGUAACCAGCUGUUUGAACGAGUUCUCAAAGUCCACAACAGGGACGGCCUCAUCAGCUGCUCCAUCAGGGCCACCACGAUCGAGGACAUGGAGGCGAGGCUGGACUGCGGCCUGGUCAAAGGUCACGCGUACGCCGUGACCGAUGUGCGGAAAGUGCGGCUGGGUCACGGACUGCUGGCCUUCUUCAAAUCGGAGAAGCUGCAGAUGAUCCGCAUGAGGAACCCGUGGGGGGAGAAGGAGUGGAGCGGCCCGUGGAGCGACAGUUCGGAGGAGUGGAACAAAGUGAGCAAGAGCGAGAGGGAGAAGCUGGGAGUCACGGUGCAGGACGACGGCGAGUUCUGGAUGACGUUCGACGACUUCUGCCAGUACUUCACCGACUUGAUCCUGUGUCGCCUCAUCAACACGUCCUACUUGAGCAUCCACAAAACCUGGGAGGAGGAGGUGAUGAAGGGCUCCUGGACCCAUCGCCAGGACCCCCUCCGCAACCGGUCCGGGGGCUGCAUCAAUCAGAAGGCCACCUUCCUGCAGAACCCUCAGUAUGUGUUCGAUGUGAAGAAGGUGGAGGACGAGGUGUUGAUCUGCUUACAGCAAAAAGAAAAGAGAGCAACACCCAAAGAGGGGAAAGGGGAGAACCUCGCCAUCGGCUUCGAUAUUCACCGGGUGGAGCUCAAUCGGAAGUACCGUAUGCACUCGGCCCAGCAGAAAGUAGCGGGCUCCAUCUACAUCAACUCGCGCUGCGUCUUCCUCAGGAAGGAGCUGAAGGAGGGCCGCUACGUCAUCAUCCCCACGACCUUUGACCCGGCGCAGCAGAGCGACUUCCUCCUGCGUGUCUUCACUGAUGUGCCUUCAGACUGCAAAGAGCUGACCCUGGACGACCCUCCUCAGACGUGUUGGACGGGGAUGUGCGGCUACCCUCAGCUGGUCACUCAGGUCCAUGUACUGAACGCCGAGGGUCUGCAGGGGCCGGACUCCAACGGAGCUGUGGAUCCGUACGUGAUCAUCACCUGUGAGGGGGAGAGGGUUCGUUCUCCGGUUCACAAGGACACACGGUGCCCGAACUUCGACAUCAAAGGCCUGUUCUACCGCAAGAAACCUAAAGAUGGCAUCCACAUCGAGAUCUACAACAAGAACAUGAUCGUGGACACCUUCCUGGGUCAGGUCAUCAUGUUCAGCGACCCCAACGAGCGGCAGGAGCAGCACACGCUUCACCUCCGCGACAAGGGCAACCGGCAGGACAACGACCUCCCGGGCACGCUCACCGUGCGCCUCAUCACCUCCACCACGCUCAUCAGCAUCUGACGAGCUCCUUCACAGCGACUGUAACGAUCCCUGUCACCGUUCAUCCUCCGAGCCGUCGUGGGAGCUCACUGUGCCGCUUGCGCUCUCUUUGUUUCUCUUAUAGUUCCCCCUCCCCCUCCCUGUUUUCUUCUUACAAGUGUUUUUUUAAAGGCUCAAACUUUUAUCUGCAAAUGGAAGGCGUCCAUAUCUGUGGGUUUGAACACAUUCCUGCCAAAAACUGUCAUUUAUUUAGGGUUCGCCAGAAACUCCAUCAAAGUCUGAGCUACAGAUUUUUCCAGACAAGGCCUUUGUUGUCCUGACGUGUUCAGUUAAUCCGUCUGACUCUAAUCUACAAAUCUAUCUUUUCCUUUCGCCUCAACACUCACGAUGCACAUUAGAUACACAUAUGCAGACGUUUCUGCACUCGCCAUGCAUGUGCCAAUGUUUCCAAGGGCUAUGCAUUGCCUUAAGGCUGAGUCUCUCCAGCUUGAGGAGAUCUGAGGGGGGGUUGUGUUACAUGCUCCCGUACCUUCUCCAUCGGCUUUCCCUCCGUGGUAGCACAGCCUCCAUUUGUGACUCUGCAUCUGUCCCACCUCUGUCCUCUUGGUUGUGAUGUCUGUCUCUGCUAUAUUAACAUAUAAUGUAUACUCUUUUAUAUCCGUGUGAUGAGCCCCUCCACCCCCCACCCCCCGUCAUCCCACCCAGACACCUCAAGACUCCUCCAGUUUGCUGGUGCCUUGGAAAGCAUGCAGCUCUGUCUGUCCCCUUUUUCUACCGUGGACUUUUACAAACGAAAGCCACCAGCAGCUACUCUCUCCCUCGACUCAGAGCUUUUCUGUGUUUUGUUUUUUCUUUUGCAAACGUGCUCAUGUGUGAAAUCUUGCCUCCCCGUCUUCCAUCGCUAGCACCGUCCCAAACUCCCCGAGACGCUUUCUGCCGGCUGCUAUGGACGAUCUUCAAACUGCAUGACUUUGAAAAAAAAAGGGAAGAAAACUAAUCUCUGCCUGUGCUGCACAUGUCGUCAGUCGUAGCUUAGCAGCCGGUGCUUGUGGUCUUGCUAGCUGUCCUCCUUUGACCCCCCCGAACCCGUCCCAUGUGUUCCCGGUUCCGCGGAGUGCAAAGAUUCAUCCUGACAUAAAUCAAGUGCUUUAUGGGACCAAAGAUGAGCCGGGCCCUUUGCUCCCCCAGUCCCUUUCGAACCGGCCUGGCCCGGCCCAGCCUGGCCCGGCCUGGCCCAAGCCUACCACCGCCCCCUGUGCCACAUCAUCUCUUAAUGGCAACACCACUGCCUGACGCUUCCUCUGACUUGAGAGUCUGUUGGCUUGGGCCAAGUACUCACGCCACGAGACCCUGAGACACAGCAGCUAUGCUUCUGCUGUCGGCACAGAACAGGGGUGAGUGUCUGUGUGUGUGUGUGUGUGUGUGUGUGUGUGUGUGUGUGUGUAUGUGUGUGUUUGAGAGAGUGUGUACUUGCUUUUAUAUCCCAGUGAGGACCGUAAACUGGAUACACACCCACCAGUGGGGACAGAAUUGGGAUCUCCUCUGAUCCAGACUGCCGCUGAGGGUUAACACCUAGUUUGGGGGUGAGGGUUACACAAAGUUGUUACCACAGGGAUACUGGAACAAAUGUGUGUGUGUGUGUGUGUGUGUGUGUGUGUGUGUGUGUGUGUGUGUGUGUGUGUGUCCUGCUGAUUUCAGUGUUUUCCUAAAGAGGAGUGCUUGGAUGAAUGUAUUUCUGUUAAUCCACGUUAUACCGGGAAGAAAACUAUUUCUAAGGAAAGGUGUGAACUCAAAGGAAAAGAGCCCUUUAGGCGAAACACACACCUUUGCACUUUAUUUAGUUUUAAUUGGGGUAUGAAGCCCCCUGAAGGAUGAAGAGGAAGAGGAAGAGGAGGAGGAGGAGGGGGGGGGGGAUCGGAGGAGACGUCCUGCCAAACAACCUGUGCCAUUGCCUCGGUCCUGGCUUCGCCUCCGCUGCAGGACAUCAGCGUCGGACACGGGAAAAACUGUUCGAUACCUUUCAAAGGGAUUUUCAGAUCAGAUGGCUUUUUGCAUAUUGAACCAGCGAUGGAAUAAUCGAUCUCUGAUGAACCAUCGCAUUUCUUUUCAUAUGUCACGUUUCCAUCGGGUUUGACCUUUGAGCACCUUUUUUGCGUAAAGGGGCCCAGACUGAAAAUCUACACCCGACAUCUUUGCUUUUCUUUUCCCAAACAAGUGCAAUAUCACUGCAUUGAGUUUUUUGAAUUCAUUUAAUGUCUUUUUCUUGUUUUCAUAUCCACAAUUAAAAAUGUUUAAUGUCAUUGGAGACAUUUUCUUUGAAUGUAUGACAGUUAGUGCACUAAUCUCUCAAACUACCAACUUGUUUGUUCUUCUUUUCUUUCUUUUUUAAAUCAGCGCCUUUUUCCAUUACUUGAACUGUCUCUCGUGACAUUUAAUUGAUCACACUCCUUUGUUCUGUACAGCAUCUCUGUAAAUGUGUCUUGCAUGGGUUCUUUUCCAGUAUGUUCAUGGCCUUGUUGUUGUACUGUUCAAUUGUUAAUAUAUACAUAUAUAUAUAUAUAUUUAUUCUCUUUGGAAAUGCUAGAUUUGAUCAGUCAGCAUGUCUACAGGAACGCACCUGAUGUUAGCGUCAGUCCGACCAUAUCAAGCGGUGUGAAGCACUUAGCCUUUGUCUCGUAACACAGUGAUUAUAUUCAUAACAGCCUGAGCAUCUGCGAACAUUAACAGCAGUUGUUUGACGACUAUUUAGGUGCUAUUUACCCUCUCUGCUCUUUUACGUUGUUUUUACGAUGAGUUCGGCUGGACAGACACUGUGUGAAUUUAGAAAUGUUCUCGCUCUGUAAAGAGAGAAGUCGUUUGCGAUGGAAAUCAAACGCUCACGAUUUAUCUGUUCUCGUUGUACGGUCGGCUACUACUCACACUUUACAUUCCCGUGAGCCCCUCUGGACCAGUCUGGCUCCUGGUUCCUCAAAGCUAACGAGGCAGAAACACGCUAACUUUCCCAAUGUGUGCGACUUUCUGUGCAGAACCUUUAGAAGAGGCCCCCCUUAUAUUUCCCUCUGGUAUGUUGGUGGUGAUGUGACGAGGACAGAAACAUCAAGCCAGCUGGUGUGCUGCUGCUCUGCUCCACCAGGCGGACCCUCCAUGGUUUCUGUCCUACGACCAGUCGUGUAACUGGUUUCACUGUCACUGGAUUUUGCGCAGGCGCAUUGAGGAAGAGAAAGACUUUCAUGACUCUGCUUCAAGUUUGCAAAAGCCUGAAGACGACCAACCAACCACGAUCAUCAGUUUGGAGCAUCUGUUCGCUUCUCGCCUCACUUUGUAUUUCACUGGGUUUCGUUAACCUGCAGACAGCCAGUGUUAGAAGCUGUUGUGGCGAGCACUGCGAAGUUAGACACGGUUCAAGUUGGAGCUUGUGUCUGGACAGCUGCUGGUUUUUUAUCCACAGACCAGGUGGGAAAAGAGAGAAACCAUUGUCCCUCCCUCAUUCAGUACCUGCUGCUCAAGGCCUGGUGCACCAGUGAGGUUUAUUCUUUAACCAGUCGACUUUAGUUCCGAACCCAAAGCAAAAACGGUCGAGGAAAAUAAGCACCUGCUCAGUCUGUGCUUCUAUUUGUUCAGUUUGCCAAAAAUCGGGUCCAUAUCUAUCUUCAUCGAUAUAUCUGAUGAGGAUCCGGUUAAAAAAGUGUUCAGAGGAUGAAUCUUAAAGGAUCCCCUAACCUCUGUCUUCAGUGCCACCUGCAGGUUGAUGUGUGUAAUUCCAUCAACUAUUAGAAGGUUUGGCAGGAAAUGUGUGACGUUCAUGAAUUGUUUUCUCUUUUUUUUGUCAUCAGUUCAAAAUUAGUAUUUGGUUAAUGAACAAGUUGUGCGGAUGUGGCACACAACACAAAAACUACGAAUACACAACCUGACAGUUUUGACACGUGGGAGUGUUUGAGACAAUAAGAGUGAGGCGCUGCAGUAACGAUGGAGAGGUGCCAGUGCCAAAAAGACGAACCCGUCUAGUGUGAAGAGACGCUGUGAGGACGUACCUGAGGGACAAAUGUAGGACCGGUCCAAUUAACCUCUGGGGGGGGUUUGUACCUCGUUUGUUCUCCACUGUGUGUCCUGCUCUGCUUUUUGUCUUUUUUAUCUCUGGAGUGAUUUUCUCUGCGUUUGCCAUGGUUUCUCAUUGAUCAUGGUCCAUUGCCAAAAGUGUCAUGGCUUCCACUGUUAACCACCACACACACAGACACACACACUCACACACUCCAGCUACUAGACAUACCAGUGCACGGACCUUCACUGGCUUUUUUGACAGUUGCUAUAAAGCAGUUGCAUCACUUCUCUGUGUGUGUAUUUAUAUUUUCCGCCAAAGCUGGUUUUAAGUACACAGGAGCUUUUCGGGAGGAAGCUCAGCCGCUUUGUACGAAUCCAAAAAUGCCAGUGCAUGUAGCAAAACCCGCUUUGAAUCUGCUCGCACCAUCUCAGAAUAUAUAUAUUUUUGGUUUCUUCUGGGGUGUUGUUAAAACAAAAGAAACAUAACCUGCUGUUGCUACUUUGAUAAACAUACUGCGUGGAGUACGAGGCUUGUGUGGCACACGUGCAUGCAUUCACACAUUUUGUAUUCAGUAACUUGCAGUAUACAGUAUGUGUAUAAAAGUAGCAGUAUUUUGAACUUAUCAGUUGUUAUUAUGGGAUCCAGGAGUUUAUGGACGCUUCACAGUACAUUCUGGACAUUGAUCUCGAGAGGGAGAUGUUCUCGCUCGCUACCUCCAGUGAUCGGUGAGAAUACUUAGAGGAAUCAUGUCAAUUAUGUAUUUUGUUCCCAUGAUGCCUUGCUGAACUUAUGAGUACGACCUCGGGUGAAACCUUUAUCUGCUACUGACGUCUUCUCUUCUUGGGAGAUUUAAGGGAAAUAAAUUGGAAACCUGUCGCACCUUAAAGGAAACAUUCAUUCAACAUUGUUUAGGAUAAUUGCUUUCUGGCCAAAGUCUUUUCUCUUCAUAUCUUGUGUGGUUAAAAUUAAGUUUCAGCUCAGCUUGGACUUGUUGAUGUGCCAAGUGAAGCACUGAACUUUUUCUACAAAUGAGGUUAGCUUAGCAUUAGCAAAGGGAUGCUGUAAUAGUAGAUAAACCUUUAUCGAUCCUCAUAGGGGAAAAAUGCAGGAAUUACACAGCCAAAGUACAGAAUCAAUACAGAUAAAAAAAACAAGAAAAGAAAACAAUAAGAAACAAACACAGCCGGGAUGUUCUGUUCCCCCCGGUCGAUAUAAUCCACUCAACUAUUAUAUGAACUCAACAGAGAAGACAAACACAAGCUUUAUUUUUCAGUUCCUUUAAAACAAAACUUAAGGGUAUACAACCCACUUCAAAUUCUGUCCUGAUGUGUCACCGUUUUAAAGUCGUAUAUCUGUGUUUUUAAUAAACACUGACGGCCUUUAAAGGUAUAUUUUGUAAUUGUUAAAUCCUUCCAUCCCUUUAUCCAACAAGUUUAUCAGCUUCUCCAGGUGCAGGUUGUGUUUCAGGCUGUUUGUCCUCACAUUGGUUUCCCCAGAAUCUCUCUGAAUAGUGACGACACGUGUAGCGUAGCAUCGGUUCAGUGAAAGCAUCAACUACAAAUCACGCCCCCCCCCCAAAAAAAACUCACACAAGGGAUCACGGGACAAGGAACAGAAGUAAAUUUCUCCGAUUAUUUUUUCCACCACUUUCAGAAUGAUGACAUGAUCCCACAGCCUCGUCCACGUGGGCGACCACGUUCAAACUCGUUCGGCUUUGUGUGAAGCGAUGGUGUCACGUAGACAUUUCUAUCUGAGACUGAGUCUUGUCCACUCAAGGAAUGAGCUUGUGAUUCUUCUUGUAUUUUUCUGCUGAUGUUUAUUAACAGGAAACUCGAUUACCUUCUGCAUGGUGACACUUCUAGAGGAUGCUACGGUCUUUAUAACAAGUUAAGAUGACUUUUAUCAGUAUUUUAUAACCUUGUUAAUUUUAUAUAUCCACUUUACCUUGCGUUCCGAACUGGGAUGAUUACUGAUAGCUACGUAUGGGAAAGCCGUGCUGUGUGUUCUGUACUGUGAGCUUGUCCGUGUGUUACUUUUUAGCGUGAGCUUUAACUUUUUCGUUUUUUCUCGAUGCGCGUUCGCUGAGUUUCGGUUUUACUCGUUUACACUGUGGUUAUUUUAUAGCUACAAUCUGAAAUUAUUAUAAUUUUUUCUUUUGUAUUUAAUGUCAACUUGUGGCAUGAAUUUGAAAUAAAA